GCAUUUCCACCUCGUAGCGAUUACGAACACAAUCUCUCUGGUUCUGUGUUACCUCUGAAAUGGCUGCUUCGUGUUCCUUCCAUGUAUCGUCGUCUCCGUUCCUGAGGCCUCGCUCUUCUUCCUCGGGGACGAAUGGAGUUCAUCUUCCGAUUCGAUCUCGUCAAUAUCGGCGUCACCGUAGCUUACUGUCGGAACGCCGCUGCGGUUUCGCCGCCGCCGCCGUUUCGCCCCAAAACCUCUCGAUUUCUCCGUCGUCAACGGCGGAGGAAGCCCGCUUCUCCGGGAAGAGAGAACCGAUGAUACCUCCUUACAAUGUCUUGAUCACUGGUUCGACCAAAGGUAUAGGGUAUGCGUUGGCUAGGGAAUUUCUGAAAGCAGGCGACAAUGUUGUAGUCUGCUCAAGAUCAGCUGAACGAGUGGAAUCCAUUGUUCAAUCUCUUAGGGAAGAAUUUGGGGAGCAUGUGUGGGGAACUAAAUGUGAUGUUAGGGAGGGGCAGGAUGUAAAGGAACUGGUCGAAUAUUGCCAGAAGAAUCUUAAGUAUAUUGAUGUCUGGAUAAACAAUGCUGGAUCAAAUGCAUAUAGCUUUAAACCUUUGGCGGAGGCCUCAGACGAAGAUCUUAUUGAAGUUGUCAAAACAAACACCCUCGGUCUGAUGCUAUGUUGUCGUGAGGCGAUAAACAUGAUGUUGACUCAGUCUCGGGGUGGUCAUAUAUUUAAUAUUGAUGGAGCUGGCUCUGAUGGGAGACCGACGCCAAGAUUUGCCGCAUAUGGCGCAACUAAACGCAGUGUGGUUCACCUGACAAAGUCAUUACAGGCUGAACUGCAAAUGCAAGAUGUUAAAAACGUUGUGGUCCACAAUUUAUCUCCAGGGAUGGUCACAACCGAACUGCUCAUGUCCGGAGCGACAACAAAACAGGCCAAGUUUUUCAUCAACGUCCUGGCUGAACCAGCCGAAGUGGUUGCGGAAUAUCUCAUCCCAAAUAUCAGAGCCAUCCUUGCAAGUGGAUCAAUGAAGCCUACUUACGUUCGUUUCCUAACAGGAGUCAAAGCCUACUCCAAAAUCUUCUCGAGACUCGCGUUUGGAGCAAGGAGGAACAAGUAUGUGCAAGAAGAUUAGGUCUCUCACUUUUCCUCUUGGGGCAAUUCAGACAUCGUCACGUAAGGAUUCUGUCUGAAAGAAAAAUGCCACUCUUUUGCUUAUACAAUGCAAUCAUCACUUGGGAGUUGGGACAAAUCACUCUUUUGCAUAUACAAUGUAAGUUUUUUUUUUUACCUUAAGACAAGGAAACGCAUUUAGCCUAACCCAUCACUUGACUUGGGGCUUUGUCUCAAAAGGUUUGCUUUGUAAUAAAAUUACUCUACUCUUCAGUAUGGAGCUUUUAUAGCGUCGA